AUGAUCUCUACAGCACCUCUCUAUAGUGGGGUGCACAACUGGACCAGCACAGAGCGGAUUCGCAUGUGUGGCCUCAACGAGGAGAGGAGAGCCCCCCUUUCUGAUGAAGAGUCUAAAACGAGCAGCUCCCAGCACUUGGGGUCUCAAGAGUUUUGCGUCAGCAGCAGCCUUUCCAAGGUGGAGCUCACAGCAGUCAGCGGUGGUGGCAGCAGUGCCCAGGGGCUGGAUGCUGAUGGCAAGGUGGAGGAAAAGCUUGGGCCCAAACUGGAAGAGCAGCCACCUGAUCCCAACCCAAACCCAGAGUGUGCGGGACAGACUGUGAAAGAUGAUGCCCUGGGCCCUCUGGCAAGCCAGGGGGAUGGCAGAGGGCAGGAGCCCGCAAUCCCCAGAGCUGCCGAGCAGGAGAGCAGUGGUGCUGAUGCUGCCUGGACACCUGCAGAUCCUCACAGUGACAAGCAGGCUGAUGCUCCUCCAGCCUGCUCCGUGGCUCCAGAGAUCGAGCCUGCCGGGAAGGAGAAAACCACCCCAAGCACUGGAGCACAAGGGCCAGGCGUGCUGGCAGAAGGGACAUUGUCUGUGGUUGUCUCCAGCUGCAACACCUCUGCCUCCACUCCUGCUACUUUUACUUUGAACAGAGUGUGCUUUCCCACAUCUCAGGCCCCUGCUAUGCAAAAAAUGCCCCUGUCCUUUCAGGCUGGGGCAGUUCUGAGCCCGAGCCAGUCGCUGGUGUACAUCCCACCACCCAGCUGCGGGCAGCCGCUCAGCGUGGCUACACUUCCAGCCACCUUGGGGGUCUCCUCCACACUCACCCUCCCCGUCCUGCCUUCCUACCUACACGAGCGUUGCCUGCCGGGCAUUAUCGCUUCCCCAGAGUUGCGCUCCUACCCCUACACCUUCUCCGUCACCAGACCCUUGGCUUCAGACGCCAAAGUGGUGUCUGUGGAGGUGAAUCAGCUUAGCUGCCCUUCGCCCUCAGGCGGAAGCGGUGCCCAGGCUGCUGCCGAGGGCGCUCCCCCGUCCACCGCUGGCCCUUCCCUCUCAUCCAGCCAGCCUCCGCUGGCAGCAUCGUGUGGGAGCGCUGCUCCCUCUUCUGGCACCGGUGCGCAUGCCAGAGCCCCGGCCGCUCCCGAGCCGCACGCACCGGGGGCUGCCACUUCACUCUCUCCUCUGAAGUCCCCUCCACAGCUAGAGCGUGAGAUGGUCUCCUCUCCAGAGUGCAGCGAGAUGCCUCUCGAUCUCUCCUCCAAGUCCAAUCGUCAGAAACUGCCUCCACCCAGUCAACGCAAAACACCUCCUAUGCCCAUCCUCACACCUGUGCACACCAGCAGCAAAGCGCUUCUCACCACAGUCUUGUCCAAGUCCCAGCGCACGGCCCAGACUACGGGCAGCAGCGUCACCUCAUGUCUUGGCACCACCCCUCCCUUAGUCAUCUUCCCCGAGUUCCUGCGCAACGGUGAGCAGGGCUCCUGGGUGAAGAACACCACGCUCAUCAGCACCAUUCCAGGCACCUAUGUUGGCGUUGCCAACCCGGUGCCUGCCUCGCUGCUGCUCAGCAAGGACCCUGGUGUGAGCUUCAGCAGGGACCCGCGCCACCUUCCCAAGCAGGAGCCUAUUUCUAUCAUCGAUCAGGGAGAGCCUCGCAGUGCUGGGGUUCCCUGUGGGAAGAAAGCCAACCAGGUCAGCACAGAAGGACAGCAGGAUCCUGCCAGGAGACUUCUUCAUGGCAGAGUUGCUCCAGGAGCUCCUUUGUGUCAGUCCAAGGACAUCUCCACCUGGAAUCCCGGCCAGGGAAGUGUAUACCCACGAUGCCCUGUGAAUGGAAAACCUUCCAAUCCUCAGCUUCUGCCUCUUGGCUGGUCUCCUUAUCAUCAAACCCCCCUGCUUUCAAUUGGCAUCUCCACAGCAGGGCAGCUGCCCCCAAACCAGAAUAGCUCCUGCAAGCCAGCUGGUGCAGGUGAGCUCCCGACAUUCCCAAGUGUGCAGCCCACAGAGUCCAGCACAGCCGCCCAGAGCCUGCCCGAGGGGCUGCCCAGGCUCCCACCUCAGGAACGGGAAGCUGCAGCCAAGAGCAAGAGCUGCCGGGCUUUGCCCAAGCUCUACGAGGAACAGGCCAAUCCAGUCCCUUUGGAUGCAGGUCCAUCUCUUCAGAACAGUGCUUUGGAUGUGAAAGAGGGGAAGGGGAAGCUGGACAACCCUCAGAAGAGUCAAGAGUGUGAUCAACCAGAGGCUGACUCCAGUAAGGAGGGCAAUGCACAGACUGAGGCUCCUCAGGGGAGCUGUAGCCUCAAACAGUUGGAUGCAAGGCCUAAAAACCAAGUGUUAGCGGCAUAUUUGUCACACGAUCUGCCCACGGCUGGGCAGCAGAGCCUGCGAAUGAUUUCAGAGGUGCCCACUGUGCCCAUGGAGAGUCAACACAAGGAGCUGGGCUGCGAAGGCUCCCAGGAGCCACCAGCUGCAGAGCCCCUCCAGUGCGUCCGUCAGGUGGAUCUGUGCAGGGUCAAGAAGGAGCGAGUGGAGUGUGACAUGUCAUUUACUUCUGUGACUUGCCUGCGAGCUGGGACUGCUCCCCAGGCCUUUGCUGAGGUCAAGCUCAAAGGAGCAGGCCAAAUCAAGCAAGAGGGCAGCGUGCGCUGCAAGUCCAAGCGGCAGCAUGAUGGGGACACCAGGCAGGCCCGCAAGAGACUGAAGUGCCAAGCCCAGGACGGCGAGGAGUCCCCAAGCAAAUCGGGGAGCCGGAGCGUGCAUGGCCGGAAGUGGCGAAAACACCAUGACAAUCCGCAUGAACUCAGCAAGCGAGAAGGCCGAACCGGCCUGGGAUCAGUGAAGGAUCACAACAGCCUCAGGGUAAAGCGUAAGCGCAGGAGGCCAGCGAAGACGGAGUUCCCAUCUCCGGCGCACCGCGGGGACAGCCACGAGGAAGGUUACCUUGAGAAGAAGUCCAAGAACAACUUUCGGGAUUUCAUUCCGGUGGUGCUGAGCAGCCGGACGCGCAGUCAGUCAGGAAGCGCCGCUGGCUCUUCUGCUGGCGUGACAGGAGAGUGUGAUGUGACUGGUCAGGAGAUUUUACCGUUGCUGGAGGAGGAUCAGGAAGAAGAGGAGGAGGAAGAGGAGGAGGAGACAUCCUUGAAACGUCGCAAGCUGCGAAAAUCCCACAGGACAUCACGCUAUCACAGUCGCAGGGCCAGGGACAGGUCUCUGUCCGAGAGGAGCAGCUGUUACACGAGGAGGACCCGGGAGCUGCCCUGGAGAGUGGAAUCACCCAGGCAGCUGUGGGAGCCCAAUGAGGAGGAGGAAGAUGACAGCCACAUCAAAAGGAAGAAAAGGAGACGGCAGAAAAGUCGGAAAUACCAGACAGGGGAAUAUUUGACUGAGCGAGAGGAGGAGCGAGCGGGCUACCCCCAUAGGAGGCGAAAAUCCAAAGCAGAUUUUAGGUACCGGAAGCAGAAGGAGUCUGUGCAGGGUAAAGGCACAGAGCUACGACUGAGGAGCAGGCUUUCCCCAUCCCCCCGAAAAUCUCAAGGACGCCCAGACUUUCGGAAUGGCUUUUUCCUGGAGCACUCAGACAGCUCUCCCGUCCAAGAAGAGCUAGAGAAACCAUCAGGAAAACGCAAAUGUAAAACCAAACACCUGGCAGGGAUCUGUGACGAGGGGAAGGGGAAAGGCUGCUGGAACCAGCCCAAAAUGAACCCUCUGAAGAAGCCCCAGGACUUGUGGACACUUUGUAAGUCCCGUCGGGUCAGCCCAGGGAGUUCCCCUGAAUUGCCGAUGGCCCAGAACAUUCCUCCUGGAGCUCGGCGGCUGAUUGUGAACAAAAAUGCAGGGGAGACCCUUCUGCAGCGAGCAGCUCGCCUGGGCUACAAGGAUGUAGUGCUCUAUUGCCUGCAGAAAAAGAGCAGUGACGUGAACCAUCGUGACAACGCUGGCUACACAGCUCUGCACGAAGCCUGUGCACGAGGCUGGAUCGACAUCCUCCACAUUCUGCUAGAGCACGGUGCCAACGUGAACUGCAGUGCGCAGGAUGGCACAAGGCCUGUCCACGAUGCAGUAGCAAAUGACAACCUGGAAACCAUGUGGCUUCUACUCUCCUAUGGUGCUGAUCCCACUCUGGCCACUUACUCUGGGCAGACAGCUGUGAAGCUGGCCACCAGUGAAGUGAUGAAGCGCUUCCUCUGUGAUUACCUUUCGGAUCUCCAGGGGCGCACUGACGGAGAUCCUCGAACAGCAUGGGACUUCUACAGCAGUUCUGUACUAGAGGGGAAAGACAGCAUUGGAUGCGAUCUUCUGCUCAACCCUCCAGGAAGUUCAGACCAGGAGGAAGAGGAGCAAGAAGCAGACAACUUCAUGUUUGAGUUCUCAGACAAGCCACUGCUUCCCAGCUAUAACCUCCAAGUGUCAGUCUCUCGGGGGCCCUGCAACUGGUUCCUCUUCUCCGACGUGCUCAAGCGGCUGAAGCUGUCCUCCCGCAUAUUCCAGGCCCGCUUCCCGCACUUGGAGAUUGCCACGCUGCCCAAGGCGGAGUUCCAGCGCCAGGUCUCUCUCAGCCAGGUGCUGGCGCAGGAGGAGGUGCAGGAGAGCCCCGAGCCGGCGCAGGGCGCUGCAGAGACAGUGGAGCUGGUGCACUACGAGCCCGAGCUGCUGCAGCUGCUGGGUUCGGCGGUGGAGUACCAGGCCUGGAGCAGCUGACGGGGACAGAUGGCUCCCUGCAUCACGAGGCAAUAAUAAGGACCAACGGGAAGCAGCCC